CAUCACAGAGUCUCCUGACUAACUGUAAAAAAGGGAGAGCGAUCUACUCUUGCAACUCACCAGUCAUCAAUACCACGCGUUCUUAGUUCCAAUCUGUGUGUCUCGGCUUACCCCAAGCUCUAAUUUUUGUCUACAUUUGGUCGAGAGCGGAAAAUUGAGAUCCCAAUAUCUGCCUGUCCGCCUCCUGCAAGCUCGCUUACUUUCGUGCUAGUACGAACCACCAUAAAGAAGUAAAGUCAUGUCUACUUCCGAAAUUCAACAGGAUACUGCUAGAGAGGAGGUACCUUCUCUGACGCAACAGAUUGAAAAGGUACAAAAGUCCAAACGGGAACAUUCCGGCUCGGCGGCGCAGGGGUCGCCGGUUCGUGCUCCCUCUGCCGCCAAACUGCGUCGAACGCUCAAGGGACAUUUCGGUAGAAUUGCUGCAUUGCACUGGGGCGGCGAUUCCAAAACGGUCGUUACGGCGGGACAAGACGGAAAUUUGAUUCUUUGGAACGCGAUUACCAGCAACAAGUUGCAGUCAAUUGGUCUCAAGUCUUCCUACGUCAUGGCGGUUGGUAUCGAGCAAACUAGAGGCAAUUUGGUAGCCUGCGGAGGACUCGAUAAUCUUUGUACGAUUUUCCCCCGCAAUAAUGUCGGUAAGGCUGCCGAAAUGGCCUCGCAUGACGGUUUUCUUUCCUGCUGCCGUUUCUUGAGUGAGCAAGAAAUCAUCACGUCGUCGGGUGACUCGACUUGUAUUUUGUGGGAUAUCAACACGCACAAACCCGUUUCACGCUUCGAGGAGCACACGGCAGAUGCCAUGUUCUUGUCGCUCCGACCAAGCGAUCGCAAUGUCUUUGUCUCCUGUUCAGUGGAUCAAACUUGCAAGGUGUGGGACACUCGAGCCCCUACCAGUUCGACUUUGACGUUCACUGGACACACAGGUGACGUCAAUGGAGUAGAAUUCCUACCAUCGGACAACAAUUGUUUCGCCUCUUGUAGUGAAGAUAACACCGUCCGUAUCUUUGAUAUUAGGGCCAGCGAUGAACUCGCAAAAUUCCAAGGGCCAGCGAGCUUGGGUGAGUCUCCAUCGGAUGGAUUGACAUCUUUGGCCGUGAGCAAAUCGGGCCGACUGGUUUUCUGCGGUGACUCGGAGGGCAACUUCUCGUGCUUUGACAUUUUGUCGGAACGAUCUGGACCAGCUUACACGAAUACAGGUGCGCACGAUCGAUACAUCUCGUGCAUCGGCAUCAGUCCCCACGAGGACGCGAUUUGCACCGGAAGUUGGGACACUCAAGCCAAAGUCUGGGCUUAG